GCGGCCCUCUCACUUCCACGCCUUGGUCAAAGGAUGGCGGAACUUCAUAGGAUGUGGGAGCGUGAAGACUUGGUCCGGGAGAGGGCCAGAGCCGAGCACCGGAUCCUGGUCUGGCUGGAGCCUCACUUGGUUGGAGCACCAUCCCUACGUGCUUUCAGUAAGUAUGAACCGGGUAAUCAUCGAAUUGACUGCGCAGUGGUGGGCUCCACAGUGCGAUCAGCCGGAGUCGCUCCAGAUUGCAACCAUCAGGGAGGAGGUGAAGAGAUUCCGGACUCUACUUCAUCUAGAUCCCACGGAUGUUGCCAGUGGAGCAUAGACUCCUGGGGAGUGAAGAAACUGUUCUCUUACAGUUUGCGGAGGUGGCUUGCAAACUCUCUGAACCCACGGGAUGAUUGCUUGCUGGACAUCUAUGACACCUUUUCCACUCACUGGGAAGUCCUGAGCCUGAGCCGCCUGCACCACCCCAGAUCUUGGCAAUUGAAGAUGGUGUGAUUGAAGUCGACCCAGAUGAACACCCUCAAGCACUCAGCCCCGGUGGUGCAGCUAGCCCUGAACCAUCAAAGAUGGUUGAUGAUGGGUAUCCCUGCAACCUUUGCAGAUCUUGCCGUGCCACCGAACUCCGGACGACCAACACUGACGCCCAGAUCUGAGCCCCUGACAUCGCCAUCGCCAGUGACACGAACAUCGCCGUCGCCAGAACUUGAUCGAGAAGCCCUCCUGGCUUGGAGAGAAGCCCUCAGGUGUGAGCUUGCCCGCAAACAAGCAGAACGAUCUGCAGCUGCAGCUGCUGCCCUUCUCGCUCACGAUGGAGGACCUGCCUCUGCUAGUGGGAGUUAUGUGGAUCAAUUGGUGACUCUGCCAAUGGAAAUUGAUUCCAGGGAUCCUGUGACUCAAGAGACAGUGGACCCCGAUUCAAAGACUUUGGAGCUUGCUGCCGUGGUUGCCGGAGAGAUUCCUACACAAGCUAGUGGCUUGGAAUCGCCGGCGCUGAAGACACCAGAGGCUUUGCCGCCAGUGUCUCAUGGGAAGGAGGCAGAACCCAUCAAUGCCGCACCUUCUCAGAAGCCGGAACUUGACGCGGAAGCUGCCAUCCAGCCACCUCCUGCAAAGGCUGCCAAGCUGAGCGCCAAUGGUGGUGAAUCUUCAAAGCCGGAUGAACCCAAGGAACCGGAUUUGUUGCACAUGAAGGCUCCGCUAGUGAGGCGCUCUGACCAACUCGGGAAGGUGGUGGACGUGACCGGCAAUGACGGCGAUGACCAUUCUCGUGAAGACCAGGCAAAAGUUGAAGCUGAGGAAGCAAAAAGUGAAGCUGAGGAACCAACUCCUGACCAACCUUCUGCUAGUUCUGGGGGUCGAGGUGGCAAGGGAAGGGGAAGAGGCAAAGGGAAGAGCAAGGCGCAGACCACAAAUGCACCAGAAGUUGUUGAUGUAGACAAAGCUGACGCAUCAGCAAAGGCUACAAGGAAGCGUGGAAAGGGCAAAGCUGAGAAAGAUGAGAAUGCAAGCAAAGUGCAGAAGACUGAGAAAGGCAAGAGCAGUGAUGCUGCGCAAGGUGGUGAAGCUGUGGACGGGCAGGGCAAGCGAGAAGGGGAGAAAGCUCCCAAGACCACGCGCGGCAGAGCCAAACAAGCAGAGAAGAAGGAUUCACCAGAGCAGAAGGAUUCAGCCACUGGUGGAAGUGAGCAGCCCAAAGAGGUCAGGCCGCUACUGCCCGCAAUCAGAGCUUGGUGCUGCGAAGUGGCAAGCCAUCCGAGAAGUCUUCAACACCAAGAUCAAGCCGCGCAUCAAGUCUCACUCGAAGAUUCAGGUUAAGUUCUGGAACCAUUGCAUGGCGGAUGAGGGCAUCAAAGC